AAUAUGGAGAAGCAGGGUUCCAAAAAGACCAAGAUAGAUCCCCCGUUGAUAUUGAAAUCGAAACUUGAAAGUGGCUGUAAAGCGGCUAGUUUCAUAGACCAGCACACUAUCGUCUGCUCUGAUGGUACAGGGUCCCUUGAAGUCUUUAACUUUGAGAAAUCAGAGACUCUUGUUACAUUUAAACCUUCUGAAUCUAAAAUCAUUCUUGGAGUGCAUAUUUCACAGGAAUUACAACAUCCUGAAUUACAACAGAGUUACAAACUCGCUAUUGUGUUGUAUAAAGAUGGAGAAAUUGAUGUAUUAGUGGCUAUGGUCGACGGGAUUGUUGACCAAGAGAAAUGGAAGAAAAUAUACACUGUCAAAAGCCCCUUAAGCUUUAUGAUGCAAGUCCCAAAACUUGAGAAAAUGUUUAGUAAAUAUCUACUAGGAUUUAUCAAUGAAGAAGGAAAAGAGAGCACUGAUGGGAUCCUACCGGAUCCCAUUUCAGCAGUGUUCUCUUCAAUCUCUGAUAUUGAUAAGUCAAAUAAGAAAGGAGCUAUCAAUGUUGUCGAAUUUUCUGAUAGAAAUUUCAUCUUUGUAGGGUACGAAAGUGGAACUAUUAUCCCUUGAUAUUACUCCGUAUCAACCGGGAAGGUAUUGCCAUUAACAAAAGGUUUUGUGCUAGAUCCAGUUGACGAGAAUCCAUCUAUUAUUUUAUCAAUAUUUCCAAUCUUCCAGCCAGAAGAGCAUGAUUUUCAUCUUGCCAUAUCCUGAUACACGCAAGAUAUCAGCAUUUUAUCGGUCAAAGAAAUUGACUCUGAUCUCGAAGAGAAAUGCCAGAUGAAAAGAAUUAAGGGAAGCAAGGAGUUUUGAGAAAUCUCCCUUGUCAGCGUGAUAAAAGAUGCAAUGUUCAAACCUGGAACUUGAGAGAUUAAGUAUUACUCUCAUUUACUCUUCAUUGGCUCUUUUGACCACAGAGUAAGGCUUUAUCGAGUGAAGAAACCCCACAAGCCGAAGCUUGUAGGAUUGCUGAAGCAUCAUAAAGCAGCUAUCAAUUCUGUAAGUCUUUACUCUAAUGGCAGUCAGUGUGAGGUCCUUGUUGGGAGUGAAGAUGGAAGCAUUAGUCUUUGGACACUAAAUUUCUAAACAUUCUGAAAUAUCUCAACGCA